GCAGGCAGGAGGGCCGGGCGCAAGCUCCGGCUCCCGAGCUCCCCCGGGCCCCCCCUUCUCUGCUGGCCCGGCGCGCCGGGGCUGCGCCCGCCCGGGGACUGCGCGACCUCAGCUGCAGCAGACGGAUCCGCGAGUGUGGAGGGCGAGGCCCCCAGCAGUGAGACCUGCACAUCAUUGGACAGUCCCUCGGCCUAUCACCAGGACCCCUUAGCACCUGGCUCCAGCCUGAGCCCGGACCAUUACGAGCACACGUCUGUGGGUGCCUAUGGGCUGUACUCAGGGCCACUGGGACAGCGCACACGGAGGCCCAAGCUGCAGCACUCGACCUCCAUCCUGCGCAAGCAGGCCGAGGAGGAGGCCAUCAAGCGCUCACGUUCCCUCUCUGAGAGCUAUGAGCUCUCCUCGGACCUGCAGGAUAAGCAGGUGGAGAUGCUAGAACGGAAGUAUGGGGGACGCCUCGUGACCCGCCAUGCAGCCCGCACCAUCCAGACAGCCUUCCGCCAGUACCAGAUGAACAAGAACUUUGAGCGCCUGCGCAGCUCCAUGUCGGAGAACCGUAUGUCCCGCCGGAUUGUGCUGUCCAACAUGAGGAUGCAGUUCUCCUUUGAGGGGCCUGAGAAGAUGCACAGCUCCUACUUUGAAGGGAAGCAGGUCUCAGUGACUGAUGACGGCUCUCAACUAGGGGCCCUGGUGCCAUCUGAGGGCAGUGACUUCGGUGAGCCACCAUCCCUCAAGUCUUCAGCCCCAUCCAGUGAUUUCGCAGAUGCCAUCACUGAGCUGGAGGAUGCCUUCUCCCGGCAAGUGAAAUCCCUGGCCGAAUCCAUCGACGAUGCCCUCAACUGCCGCAGCCUUCAUGCUGAGGAAACGCCAGUCCCUGACACAGGGCGAGCCCGGGACACUGAGCCCCAGGCAGCCCUGCACACUGUGGACCACCACAAACUGGAUGAGAUGACAGCCUCGUACAGUGACGUCACCCUGUAUAUUGAUGAGGAGGAAUUGUCACCGCCUCUGCCCCUCUCCCAGGCGGGGCACCGGUCAUCCAGUACUGAGUUAGACCUGCAACUGCGGGCUGGGGGUGCCGCCCAGGACUACUGGGCCCUGGCUCACAAGGAUGACAAGGGGGACACAGACACAAGCUGCCAGAGCACACCAUCGCUUGAGCAGCAGGAGCAGCGGCUGCGGGUGGAGCACCUCCCACUGCUCACCAUCGAGCCUCCCAGCGACAGCUCAGUGGACCUCAGCGACCGCUCGGAACGUGGCUCCCUCAAGAGGAAGAGUGCCUAUGAGCGCAGUCUCAGUGGGCAGCAGGGCAGCCCCAAGCCCAGCCCCCACUGUGGCCCCCCUAAGGGCCUGCCCCGGGAGGAGCCAGAGUUGCGAGCCCGGCCUUCCAGGCCCCUCGAUAGCCACCUGGCCAUCAAUGGCUCAGCCAACAGGCAGAGCAAGUCUGAGUCAGACUACUCAGAUGGGGACAACGAUAGCGUCAACAGCACUUCCAAUUCCAAUGACACCAUCAACUGCAGCUCUGAGUCGUCAUCCCGUGACAGCCUGCGGGAGCAGACUCUCAGCAAGCAGACCUACCACAAGGAGACCCGCAACAGCUGGGAUUCACCUGCCUUCAGCAACGAUGUCAUCCGUAAGAGGCACUAUCGCAUCGGUCUCAACCUCUUCAACAAGAAGCCUGAGAAGGGCAUCCAGUACCUCAUUGAGCGUGGCUUUGUGCCAGACACACCAGUGGGAGUAGCCCACUUCCUGUUGCAACGCAAGGGCCUGAGCCGGCAGAUGAUUGGCGAGUUCCUGGGCAACAGGCAGAAGCAAUUCAACCGCGAUGUGCUGGACUGCGUGGUGGAUGAGAUGGACUUCUCUGCCAUGGAGCUGGACGAAGCCCUCAGAAAGUUCCAGGCGCAUAUCCGGGUCCAGGGGGAGGCACAGAAGGUGGAGCGGCUCAUCGAGGCCUUCAGCCAGCGGUACUGCAUCUGCAACCCUGGGGUGGUGCGGCAGUUCCGGAACCCAGACACCAUCUUCAUCCUGGCCUUCGCCAUCAUCCUGCUCAACACAGACAUGUACAGCCCCAACGUCAAGCCUGAGCGCAAGAUGAAGCUGGAGGACUUCGUCAAGAACCUCCGAGGUGUAGACGAUGGUGAGGACAUUCCCCGAGAGACACUGAUUGGUAUCUAUGAACGGAUUCGCAAGCGGGAGCUGAAGACCAAUGAGGACCACGUGUCCCAGGUGCAGAAGGUGGAGAAGCUUAUCGUGGGGAAGAAGCCGAUUGGAUCCCUGCAUCAUGGGCUUGGCUGUGUUCUCUCUCUGCCUCACCGGCGGUUGGUCUGCUACUGCCGACUCUUCGAGGUUCCAGACCCAAAUAAGCCCCAGAAACUCGGACUGCAUCAGCGAGAAAUCUUCCUGUUUAAUGACCUCCUGGUGGUCACCAAGAUCUUCCAGAAGAAGAAGAACUCGGUGACAUACAACUUCCGACAGUCUUUCUCCCUGUACGGCAUGCAGGUCCUGCUCUUCGAGAGCCAGUACUACCCCAAUGGCAUCCGGCUCACGUCUGCAGUCCCUGGAGCAGACAUAAAAGUGUUAAUAAACUUCAAUGCUCCCAAUCCUCAAGACCGGAAGAAAUUCAGCGAUGACCUGAGGGAGUCCAUCGCGGAGGUGCAGGAGAUGGAGAAGCACAGGAUAGAAUCGGAGCUUGAGAAACAGAAGGGUGUUGUGCGGCCCAGCAUGUCCCAGUGCUCCAGCCUCAAAAAGGAGUCUGGCACUGGGACACUGAACCGAGCCUGCCUGGACGACAGCUAUGCCAGCAGCGAGGGCCUCAAGCGCAGUGCCCUCAGCAGCUCCCUGAGGGACCUCUCAGAAGCUGAUUAACGUGAUGUGCAGAAUCCAGAAGGUGAAUUCUGAUUCUACUGGAAGAGUUCUAUGAGAACAUGACUGACGUGUACUUCUUCUUUCCUGGAACGAAAUCCAGUUCCAGAGAAUACUGCCUUAAAGUUUCACUGCAUAUCAUAAAAUGAAAUAAAACUGGUAGGUCAAAUUUGUGGAAAACAAAAAGGUUUAGUGACCAAAAUUAACCAUGGCUUACCACUCAUUAAGAAGUGAAUUUUGAUCCAAAGAUGUUCUCAGAAAACCAUUCCUUUCCCAGGCCAUUCAAGCGUUCUUCAACAGAGUAAAGCUGGUUACUAAAGUCCCCUGAAAUACUUAGCUUUACUUCAGCAUUUGGGUUUAAGACAUACUGAACUGCACACCAAUGUGUGCUUGUCUCCCCCGCUCCAGCUUGUGCGCUCCUUGGGGGCAUAGAGUGCAUCUGACCCACUUCUCUGUGUCCAGUGACCAGCACAGGACUGGUCUUGUCAAAAUGCAUCUGAAAGUGAUGGUUGGCAUGGGGAAGCGGGGUCACAGCAAAACAACUGGUUGAUCUUAAUGCGUGUAAAUCAUCAACAUUUUAUGGAAACUUGUUUGCUCAGCCCUUUGCUACCCGUGCAUUGAGGAGUCUAGGUGGGACACACAUGAUGCUGUCAAACUUCUACAAACGUGGUUCAUGAUUACUGUUUCCUCCCCCCACUUACAACACAUUUUUAGCCCUCAUUUUACUUGACCUCACAGCAGCUUUUGAGAUUAUUCAAGUUCGUUUCCCACAAUAGUAUUUCCUUGUCACCUCUGUUCCCACACUGUGAUCUUCCUCUUUGGGAUGUCUUCAUUGUCUUCUUUGUAGAGCUGGUAAGUGUUGGUUUGAGGAUCAAGUCUAAGCUCUCUUCCUUUCUUUACUUUUUUUAGGCCAUUUCAUACAGAUCCACAGUUUCAGUCUAGCUUCCAAAUGUGAAUCUGCAGCCCAUACCUCCACUCUGAGCACCCAUGUUCCCUUGGAUCUUUAUCUCCAUGACCAAAUUGAUGAUCACACACAGACACACACAAAGUUCUGUGUUCCCUACUUUGACAAAUGGUGUCACCACUGAGUUGCAUAAAUGAGAACUUGGGGAUUGUCCUUGACACCUGUCCUUUCAUCGACUCCAAAUCCAUCUAUCACCAAGCCCUUUUGACUUCCUCCUCCUACAUGUUCUUGAAUCACCUCUGUCACUGCUUCAGGCCGUCACCUGUCUGUCAUCUGGACGAGAGCUCCCUAACUGGCCUCCUGUACCAUCGUGGUCCCUCAAACCCGUUUCCCACAUGGCACCAGAGGAAUCUCUAAGGUGCCACCAUGUGAAGGGCUUCCUGUUGCCCUUAUGAUUAAAAAAACAAAAUCUUUAACAUGGCCUUCAUGAGGCCUGCAUGGGUGGCUCUGCAUGGCCUGGCUCACCUUCACUUUCCCCUUGCUCUCCAGCCACAUGAGGUUCCCAGACAAGCUGAGUUUUCUCCUGCCACUGGGCCUGUACAAGUUGGCCCUCUGCAUCUGUGUUCAGUUAGCUCCUUCAUCAUUCAAGUCUUAGCCUGGCCAUUAUCCCCUCUGAAAUGUGUUACCUAUAGUUAUAUAUUCAGUAGUGUGAUAAUUUUGUUACAGUAAAUGUCAGAAGGUCAGGACAGUGGCUGUCCUUACACACUGCUGUAACCUCAACUCAUGGCACAAAGUUGGACUUUAAUAAAUGUUCUACUGAGUAUAUGAAGACCACAGAGCCCAAAAAGGAAAUUCAGUGCUGAAAUGCAUGAUGGCAUUUUCAGGUUCAAAAUGAGAUCCAAGACCUAAAAAAAGCAAUGUGGACCAGAGUCCUGGGAAAAAACUGGAUCCUACUGACAUUUCUUCUUUAUUUUUUAAAAAAUAUAUUUUAUUGAUUUUUUACAGAGAGGAAGGGAGAGAGUUAGAAACAUCGAUAGGAGAGAAACAUCAACCAGCUGCCUCUCGCACACCUCCCACUGGGGAUGUGCCCGCAACCAAGGUACAUGCCCUUGACCGGAAUCGAACCCGGGACCUUUCAGUCCAUAGGCCAAUGCUCUAUCCACUGAGCCAAGCCAGUUAGGGCGUCAUUUCUUCUUAAGUCAAGCAGUAGUUUGGGUAGUAGUUGGAGGGUUUUAAUCAUUGUUUUAUCUUUCAUCAAAAGUGUUUUAACAGUUAGAGCAUUUGGAAUUACUAGAUUUAUCAGAAGCAGGGAGGGGGGAAAUCACCCACAACCCCACCAACCCUAAAACAGUUACAUUUAAAUAUUUGAUCUAUUCUCAUUCCAUCUUUUCUUCACACAUAUUUUUCAGUUACCUAGUUCACAUCUUCUAUGUGUGUCCCAAAAGGUGUGUAAGUAUUAUUUGGUGCUUCUCAUAAAACGAAAGAAUUUUCACAAUCAAAAACAUGUAGGAAAUGCUGAAUUAAAGUUAAACAAGUUUUUUUAAAAUGAUGUUUUUAUUUAUAUUAGAGAGGAAGGGAGAGGGGGAGAGAGAUGGGCUGCCUCCUGCACACCUCCUACAGGGGACUGAGCCUGGAACCCCAGGCAUCUUCCCUGACAGGGAACCGAACUGGUGACCUCUUGGAUCCUGGGUCGAUGCUCAACCAUUGAGCCACACCGGCCGGGCUAAAGUAGUUUCUUUACUGCAGGAAUUCUCAGAGCCUUUUAAAAAGAUGAUGUGUAUUUGUGAUUCUCAGAAAGAUAGUCUGUUUCCCAAAUAUAUUUAGCUUUGGAAUGCUCUUGAAUUCUAUAGCAUACAGUUUAGUAAAAGUUUAUAUGUGUAAAUUUUUAUUUAUCUUAGUGUAUUCUGAUGUUAUGAAAGACUCAGUAGUUUCUAACACCUGCCUAAUGGCCCAUCAUAUGGACAUCCCAUGAUGUGCUGGCCAUUCAGAUAGUGUUCUUUUGGUGAACAAGGAACAAACAGGAAAUAAUAGAGUUACUGAGUGUAUUUGGUGAUUCUGGUGAGAGUUUGGGAUUGAAGAGAUGAACACCACCGAAUCUAACCUUAGUGCUGAGUUCCUAGGUACACAUUGACACUAUUUUGGCAGCUCUGGGAAGCCUUGUGUCACCUGAGAUGCCUCUCUGUACAAUGUGUUCAAUUUAGCAAUCACUUUCCAAGGGAGCCUAGCUCACCUUCAUCAGAGUGGACUUGUCAUAAAGACUUAUUGGUUGGUCUAUGAAGAUUGGUCUACUUACCCCUAUUUAUUUUUUUCAUUAAUUAACUAAUUUAUUUAUUUAUGUUAAUCCUCACCUGAGGAUAUUUUUCCAUUGAUUUUUAGGGAGAAUGGAAGAAAGAGGGAAAGACAGAGAGAAACACAUUGAUUGGUUGCCUCCUCCCCGAGCCCAGACCAGGGCCCGGGCCGAGAGGAGUCUGCAGCCAAGAUAAGUACCCUUACCUGGAAUCAAACCUGGGACCCUUUGGUCUGCAGGCUGACGCUCUAUCCACUGAGCCAAAACAGCUAGGGCCCCUAUUUCUAAUAUGUAGCUUCAUGACUUUUAAGACAAUUUUAGGUAAUCUUUCCUUCCCUUUCUAUUCUAGCUGCACUCCAGCCCACCUCCACAAUGUGACCAGUGUCCUAUAAGAAAAAAGUUCCAGUUAAAUCUGAAUCGUAGGAACUAAAGCAUUUCAUUCAUCUUUCAUGGAGUAAAUAGGGAAGAAAGCAUUCAAACAUAAAAAUACCAGAGUAUUCUUGAUCCCAUCUAAAUUGAAUCUCUUCUCACAUCCUUGAAGAGCUGUUCAGAAAAAGGACAAAUAAAAUUACCUAUUGCUUACUUGGCCGUGUGGCUCAGUGGUUGAGCGUCAACACAGAAACCAAGAGGUCACUGGUUUGACUCCUGGUCAGGGCACCUGCCUGGUAUUGCAGGCUCAAUGCCUAGAAGUGGGCAUGCAGGAGGCAGCUGACUGAUGAUGUUUCCCAUCAAUGUUUCUAUCCCCUCUCCCUUCCUCUCUCUCUAAAAAUCAAUAAAAACAUUUUUUAAAUUACCUAUUGCUCAGAACUAGAAUGUAACCAGGAUAGAGCAAAAUCCCACAAAUUUUAGUGAAAGGUCAAUGGGAAAAUAAACAUCUUAGACUGGCAGAGUUGAAAUCAGAUCUCAUACUAGAACAGAGAUCUGGGGGUGGGGGGACUGCUGCAUGGAAAAGGGGAGAUGGCAUGGUCCUAAUGGUGGUAGGACAAAGAUAACAUCAACUGGAGUUCAUGCCUAUAAGGACAGAGACCAACCCAGAGUGGACAUGCGAGGAGAGGAGUAAGACCUGGUGAAUCAGAAGGAGAAGACUUGGAAAGUUCAUGGGACCAGAAGUGGCAAAAGGCACUGCUUCUGAGAAGAGGGAGGCACCUGUGAAAGUGAGGUUUCCCUGGGAGGCUUGGUGGGGGAGGGAAACCCAGUAAGGGGCAUGCAAGAGGCAGCCAAUCAAUGAUUCUCUCUCAUCAUUGAUGUUUCUAUCCUUCUCUCUGAAAUCAGUAAAAAUAUUAAAACAAAACAAGAUGCUAUCACAGAAUAAGACAGACAUAAAAAAAUAAAGUGUCUUUUAUUAAAGGAACUGCA